CAUAUUAUGUUAGAACCAUUAUCUGUCAAUCAUUUAUAAUAUUACAACUGUUUAAAGUAUUUCUAGUUUCUAAAAAUCAAAAUACAUAAUUUGAAGAAUAUUAAGCUCUCCAAGAAUGCUAUCCCCAGUUGAUGGUCUGGGUUCCAUGGAUCCAUUUCACAUGAUCGAGAAGGAUAUUCCUGACUUCGAGAAGCCAGAACCAAAGAAAUCAUUGCUGGAAAGAUUGCUGGAUUGUUACAAUGAACAGAGCAGAUUAGAGAAGCAACGAGGGGAAUCCACUAAGGAGUCAUAUUUACUUGCAAAGAUUGUAAAAGAGGACAAUCUUAGUGUGUUGAUUGUUAACUUAUAUGCUGGUAAUGAUGGUUACUCAUUAAUGUUGAAGAAGAAGGACAACACUGAAGUUGAAACUGUCAAAUUGCCCUAUGAAGAAAACGAAUUUUUGGAGUAUUUAGAUAUGCAACAGUUGCCUCCGUUAUUAGUUGAUGUGUUAGAAAGUGCUCAGGUUGAUAUCUAUCAUGACGGCUGUGUCAUAGUUCAGCUUCGUGAUUACAGAAGAAGUACACAGAAAAAUUAUGAUGUCACAUAUGUGUUAUUAAAACCUACUUCACAGACUAUAGUACGAGAUGUAAAUGCCAUGAUGGCAGACACAAGUAAGUGGAAUGAAGACGAUAAGGCCAUGUUGGAAUCACAACUUGUGUUGGCAAUGCAACCUAGGCUUUGUCUUGAUCCGUCUCCAUCUGUUUUAUAUACUGCAAAUAAGAUUCAAUAUCAUGCUAAUAAAUGGAAUCACAAAGGUUUAAAAAGAUCAAUGAAGAGAUUCUCACAACCUUAUCUAAAUAGAGCAGUUUUAUGUUCGAACACUCCCUCGCCACCAUGUUUGAGGUUACUUGAUUUCAUUCAACGCAAUCGCGAUAAGCGAUCUAUCAGUUCUUUACCUAAAUUGAAUCGUGCAACUCAACAUACUGAUAUGUGGAAACAACGCUCACCAACUUUAUCUGUACCUACAAAAAUAGAUGUUACAUCCUACUCCAAACUUCACGAACAGCCCAAAUAUACAACAGACUACACACCAGAGAAGAUUCAGGAAAUUAUAUUGGAGGGAGAAAAGACUAAUAAUCGAUCGUAUUUUUGUCGUGUCACUAUUCAAAGACGUGGCUCAACGGGGGAAUACCUGGGUGAUCUUUAUUUGGAAGAAGACCAUGGGGCACAAAAAGAAAAUACACAUAAAGACGGCAGAGCUUGCAGGUUUUCACUUGGUAAUCGACUUACUGCUCAGCGGUAUUUGCAACAAUUCCAAGAACUGUAUACGGAGGAAGGAAGGAAAUCCGUCAAAAUUUCAACUUUUGUUGCUAAUCAAAGUCAUCAACAGAAAUCACAAAGUUCAUCAUCUCAGUCGCAACAGUCAACAAGUGCUACCACGGCGUCUUCACAACAUCCCAAUAACACAAAAUCAACAGUAGCGUCUUCGAGCAUACCUACGACAUCAGAAUCGACUUUAACUGUAAACCUCACUCGUUCGCUAGGAGCCAACCAAAACUCUGUUCUAUCACAAGGUGGAAACACGUAUAUUUUAGCGAGCUCGGUACAGGGUCAACCUUUUAAUAUUGGUUCUAAUGUUGUCAUGUCAAUACCAAGCUCUUUAGCGCAAUCUUUAGUCUCUGGAAAUGCCACGUUUUCAGUCUCAGGAAACCCGUAUUUUGUGAAUGCGUCUGGAAACUUGCAACAGUCAUCAAAAAGUCUUCAGUCUCCAAGUAAACCUGCUGUGUCUGGCACUUCAAUGAGUGUUUCUUCACACGGUCAACUUACUGCUGUUCCCAUUGCUGUUCAGGGUAACAAUGUCAGUAUUGUUUCUGGGAAUAUGAAUGCUCAGUUUAUUGCAAAAGCAACUCCACAAGCGAUUCGACCUGCAGGAGCAACUGGUCAAAUUAUGUUACAGAAUGUCGCAUCCACUCAACUUGGUCAAAGACUUCAGGCUUCAUUUGCUGUCCCAGGUAAUCUUGUUCCGAUAUCUCAAAUGACACGAGUUGGUGGGCAGCAAAAGGGUCUUGCAGGAGCAGGAAUGCCUUCGGUCAUGGUGCAUGGUAAGCAAGUGAUGGUACAAGGCUCCCCUGCCAUGAUUCAAGGUCAAGCAACAUUCAUUCCCAGCCAAACACCGUUAAUUCCAGGACUGCAAAGUGGACAAACAGCUAUAAUACAAGGCGGAUCUAUUUUUGUACAAGGACAACCUGGACAGUCAUUAGUGGGUGGGCAAGCACAGGGACAAACUGUCAUGAUUCAGGGUCAACCAGGUCAGUCACAACAUAAUCAAAAUGCGUUGCUCCAAGGUCAAGCCUUACAAGGCCAAGCAGUGUUUAUUCAGGGACAACCAAAUGGUGGCGGACAAGCUAUCAUGCUGCAAAACCAAGGUGGACAUCAAGGCCAGGUACAAAUUAUAACCACAACAAGUUCAUCCGGUCAACAGCUUCAAAUUGUUCCUCAAAUCCAACAAAAAGGAGGUGCCUCGUCAGCUUCUGGUAGGGUCCAGUCCUCAACCGCGUUAUCAGCUUUGACUUCACAGGUAAAUUUAAUUCCUGUGCAGCAAGGCGGUCAACAACAAUACCAACCUAUCGUCCAGUUCACACCACACGCGCAACAACCAAGACCAGUGACCCAAAGGCGGAGAAGCAGCACUCAGCCAACUAUUAUUGGCGGCGGAAAGAAAAGACCACCCGCACCAACCAAACAGUCUCCCUCGUGAUUGUUAUUUUUUUCAGCACGAAAGAAAAAUGAAAUUUUUUUUUUGGUCCUCCAAAUAAAAAUAUAUGCUAAAUUUUUUCAUUCUUAAUGUUAAUGUUUCAUUGUUAAUUUAAUGAAAAAAAUACUUUUUAUUUAUUUAUUUUAUAUUGUGUUUAUGUACUUAUUUUUAUUUGUAUAUAAGAAUAGAAAGAAUAUUUGUUUUACCAUGCUCAUACUCACUUUAUAGUUUGUAACAAUUGAUUUUAUAGAAUGAGAAAUAUUGAAUAAGAUUUGUUUAA